CCCUCCACAGAAAACCGAAGACCCGGGAAGGGAGCCGGGAAACCUCAGGGAAACCAUCUGCAGAAUCCCGGGAAAAAUGUCAAGAAAGAUCCUGGAAUACCUAACCUAACUCACUUCAAGGAACAGGCUAAAAGAGAGGCCGAGCAGAAGAAAAAAAGGGUGGAAGAGAUGAGGGCCAAGCAAAAGGCUGCCAGACAGAAAGAGAUGGCAAAGAGGAGAAGCUUGGACACCUUCCAGAAAGAUGUGCUGAGGCGGCAACGGGAGUUUGAACAGAAGGAAGCUGAUCUGAGGAGCUUGGAGAAACAUGAGCAGCUGGAGAAUGAAAAUUCCAGGAAAGCUUAUUAUCGUGAAUUUAAAAAGGUGGUUGAGGCUGCUGAUGUUAUCCUGGAAGUGUUGGAUGCCAGGGAUCCUUUGGGCUGCCGAUGCCCUCAGGUAGAACAAGCUGUGGUACAGAGUGGAGCAAAUAAGAAGCUGGUUCUGGUUCUUAAUAAAAUAGAUUUGGUAUCCAAACCCAUAGUGGAGAAAUGGCUGAAGUAUUUGCGGAAUGAAUUCCCCACAGUGGCUUUCAAGGCUUCUACACAGCAGCAGAAUAAAAACUUGCAACAGAGCAGGGUGCCAGUCACCCAGGCAUCUGAGGAUCUGCUGAGCUCUGGUGCCUGUGUUGGUGCUGAUUGCCUAAUGAAACUUCUUGGAAACUACUGCAGAAACCUAGACAUUAAGACUGCCAUAACAGUAGGAGUUGUAGGUUUUCCAAAUGUGGGAAAGAGCAGUUUAAUCAACAGCUUGAAGAGGGCCCGUGCCUGUAAUGUAGGAGCUACACCUGGGGUGACCAAAUGCCUACAAGAAGUCCAUCUGGACAAACACAUCAAACUUCUGGACUGUCCAGGUAUUGUUAUGGCAACAUCCACAUCCGAUGCCGCUAUGAUCCUGCGGAACUGUGUAAAAAUCGAGCAGCUUGUGGACCCUGUGGGACCAGUGGAAGCCAUUUUGAGACGUUGCAAUAAAGAACAGAUUAUGCAGCACUACAAGGUGACCGACUUCAGGGACACGUUGGAAUUCCUGGCCAUGCUUGCUAAGCGACAGGGGAAAUUGAAGAAAGGAGGCAUGCCAGACCAUGAAAAAGCAGCUAAAUCUGUUCUAACAGACUGGGUUAGUGGUAAAAUCAGUUAUUUUACGCAUCCACCAGAAACACACACGCUUCCCACACACAUCAGCGCAGAGAUUGUAACAGAAAUGGGGAAGGCCUUUGACUUUGAAGCACUGGAGAUGGAUAAUCAUGAGUCUUUGUCAAGUAAGUAA